CUCAGCCGCGGCACGAACCUCCCUGUCUCGGAAUGUGGGUACAUCCGUUUCGAUCUGACGGCGGCACCGGACCUCUUUGCAGGAACUGGAACACGUAUUGAAUCUCACCGCUGGUUCGCAACGGCCUAGCCGCUUCCACUUGUGUGGUGCCCAAGAAAAUCACCAAGAAUCCAAGCAGAAUCACUCCAAGUAUCAUUUGUCUCUUCAUCAUCAUUCCUCUCUUGUUUCUUUGUAUAUUAAAAGUAAGAAUUUCUUCUUUUUGUCUUGGCACGUAAAAGUUGUUGUAUGGCUUUACUCCUUGUUUGUUUUGUAUCAUAUAUAGUUUUGAUAAUGACCUAUAUAUAAGGUUGUCGAUAAUGGUGUUGGUUGAUUGGUAAACUGGUAGCUUUGUGUGACUUUUGGUCCUACUGAGAUAUUCUCGUGGCUUGACUUUUACUAGGAAAGACUUGGUUUUCAACAUUUGAACUUAAACAAUAGGAAUUGAUCAAACAAGUUAAGACAUAACACGGUUUUUGCCUUGGACCGCAACGUAUAUCACAAAUUCACAAGUAAACAUUCAAAACAUGAUAAUCAAAAUUACUAUACCGGUUACCGUUAAUAAGUAAUCUUCAGGAGUGUUUCAAAAAAAAAAGUUUAGAUGAAAAAUGUACUUGAAAAUAGAUGGUUUUGUACUUAUUGAUCUUUGAUUAUAGUUUGGCUUUGGAGAUUUACUAGCGCUGAGUCUGCUAAAUGUUGGUUAAUUAACCAGAAAUCAACCGGUUAAAGGUCAAAUUAAUCAGUUUAAAAAAAUGAUGAAUUCAACUAUCGUUUCUUGGUUUGUCAAUAUUUAAACGCUACAUGACGACGAUUCACAUUCGGUUUUGGAGGUCAAGACGACAUGAUAACACCUUAAAAACCGAAUCCACUAAGCCAAGGAAGUUGGAAGUUUUCAACUGCCUCAUAAAGCGAAUAAUCUUCAUAGAAAAAAAUUCAUGUCACAAGUUUGAUUCAGUCUUUAACUCUGAAAGUCACGACCAAAUAAACGAAGACAUGCGUUGGGUAGGUGCGGACGCACGUAUUAAAUACAGAGAGACAACAGUGUGGACAUGAAUCAGUACGUAACUCGGCCCAAUCCUGAAAUUUCACCGAAAUUCAUAACUCAUAAACAUGGCAACACAAAAAAAAAAACAAUAAGCACGUGAUUCAUUUUUUGUGUUAUUACAAAAGCACGUGUUUUAGUUUGCUUGAUUGUUCUAUUUAAGGGAGUUUGACUUUUUGACUUUUUUUUGGCGGAGGCGCAGUUCACCACCGAUACCGAUGCUUCCGGUGAACAGAACCAACACUCUUCUAACCAUCCUUACCCAAAUCAAAGCGCUGCACCUAACUCGUGUUCACACAAAGAUUAUAGUCCACGGACUCAAAGAAGAAGUCGUUCUCGGAUCCAGUCUCACAAACUCUUAUAUCCAAUUAAAUCGUCUCCAUUUCACCACUGCUCCUUCCUUCGAUCGAAUCCCACCCCAGAAGAGGAAACGGUACUCGUGGAACACGAUCCUCUCUGUUUACUCCAAAUCCAAGAAUCACGGCGAAAGCUUGCGUCUUUACAAUCGCAUGAGGAGGGAUUGCGAUGGUGGCGUCGUCGACAGUUUCAAUUUAGUGUUCGCGAGCAAAGCUUGUGUGGGGUUAGCGUUUUUAGAGAAUGGGGCUCUGAUUCACGGAUUGGCGGUGAAGUGUGGGUUGGAUAAGGAUGAUUAUGUUGCUCCGUCGUUGGUUGAGAUGUAUGGAGAGUUUGGUGGAAUGGAAGAUGCGCAGAAGGUGUUCGACGAAAUGCCUCUAAGAAGCUUGGUUCUUUGCGGGGUUUUGAUGAAACGGUAUUUGAGAUACUCGAGAGACUCUGAAGUGUUUCGUUUGUUUUAUCUCAUGAGAGAGGCAGGUUUGGGGGUCGAUAAUGCGCUUACGUUGAUAUGUUUGGUGAAUGCUUCUGGGAAUGUCUUUGCUGGUAAAGAAGGGAAGUCAGUGCACAGUUUAUCCAUCAGAAGGGGGUUUAUAGAUCAGAGUGGCUAUUUACAAGUCUUUGUUGUAGAUAUAUAUGUGAAAUGCAAGUUGUUGGAUAAUGCUAGAGAGAUGUUUGAAACAAGUGUUGAUAAGAAUGUGGUGAUGUGGACAACGCUGGUUUCUGGAUUUGCUAAAUGUGAGAGAGUUGUUGAAGCGUUUGAUCUGUUCAGGGAGAUGCUGGGAGAAUCCGUUCUUCUGAAUCAAUGUACUUUAGCGGCACUUCUUGUUGCUUGCUCGAGCUUGGGGUCUCAAAGACACGGGAGAAGUGUUCGUGGUUACAUGAUAAGCAACGAGAUUAAAAUGGACGCUGUAAAUUUUACGUCUUUCAUCGACAUGUAUGCUAGAUGCGGGAACAUUCAAAUGGCUAGGAAGGAUUUUGAUAUGAUUCCGGAGAGAAACGUGAUAUCUACGGAGAGAAAUGCCUUUGGGAUAAACGGUAUGUUAGAGGAAGCUUUAGAUUGUUUUGAUAAAAUGAAGUCGCAGAACUAACUAAACUCUGUGACAUUCGUCUCACUUUUGACGGCCUGUAGCCAUUCGGGAAACAUCAAAGAAGGACAGAAGCAGUUUGCGUCGAUGACAAGUGACUACGGGAUUGCACCAGAGAAAGAGCAUUACGCGUGUAUGGUAGACUUGCUAGGUCAAGGUGGUGAAGUUGAGGAAGCUAAGUUUUUUAUUGAUAGCAUGCUUGUGAAACCAAUGGCCAGGGCUUGGGGAGCUCUUCUGAAUGCAUGUAGAAUUCAUAAAAAUGUCGACUUAGGAGAAGAAAUAGCAGAGAAGCUCUUAUCCAUGGGAUCCAUUGAAUCAAGCGUCUACGUCUUGCUUUCUAACAUAUAUGCUGACGCUGGGAUGUGGGAGAUGGUGAAUAGCGUGAGACGGAAAAUGUGCAUUAAAGGAUAUACAAAACCCAUGGGACCAUAUGCUAUUGAAGUCUGCUAGAUACUUUCAGCUAUUGAUUGAUCAUACAACUUAGUUUGACGAAUAUGAAUCGACAAUAUAUAGAGAUGAUUGAUAUAUAACUGACACAAUUACUUAGAGUGAAUUUUGUAACUCAAAAAUCUCACAGAUGAGCAUCCGGUGACAGGCUCCAGAUGAGUAAGUAGCUUUUAGUAAUGAAUCAUUCAAAAGAACUUGAGACGUAUGGUAUGUGAUUCUUGUAAUGUUUUAAUAGUUCUGAGAUUUUUGUAAUGUUCUCAGUGUGAUGAUAUAUACAUUAGGGUUUAGUAGUUUUUCUUGGUGGCUUGAACUAGAUUGAUUCAAUCUUGAAUUGCAUAGUUUGUUUUUGGGUGUUUACAUCUGCUUUGUAUUCUUUUGGACCUAUUGGUUUGAGAACAGUGUGUGUGUAUCUUCUUCUUCUGAUAUAUUGUCUUUGGAUUUUUAGGCUGCAAUCCUUGGAAAGAUGAUUGGUUCGGGGAAGGGCAUCUGAGAGAUUGCUACCUACUGGGUGAUGUUUUCAAGUAGUCUCACAAGACAUAGCAGCUUUUUAUCCUCUCAACAGUGCAAUCAAUGAAGUUGUUAACAGUUGCAACAGAGCCAAGUGACAGCUUAGCCGUGGGAACAGAGUCAACCAGAAUCUGAAAAGCAACAGUCAACAACGACCCUCCUUCUCCUCCAGUGGCUCCACCAUUUGCAUUACCAUAUGGUUCUUUUGGAUCAAACCAGCAAUUCUAUCCCAGUAAUCAGUCGAUACAACACUAUGCAAUCUGCACAACAGAUCCAUCAGCUCCAAAUUCAUUCUCAGAAACAACAACAACAGCAGCAUCAGUUUCAGUUUCAUCAACAGAAGCAACUGUAUCAGCUUCAGCUUCAACAACAACAGGAACAACAAAGCGGUGAGGAUGAGCUGAGAAGGCUGAUGUCUUCUUCGAGUCAGAAAGAGAGUGUUACAUCAUCGCCUGAUCUUGAGUCUCUCUCGACAAAUGACUGAAGAGUGUUGUUGACUGUGUUAUUGUCCAGUUUGGUGAGGUGCUCCUAUCUCUUUCCAAUUACAAAGCUGUGGCGUUUUCUCCCUAAUCAGAGGCUCAUGGGAUUUAUUGCAUUCUUAGAGUUAAAAACAAGAUACCCUUAGAAGCUGUUAGUGAAGUCUUUCUCUGUUGUAGUCUUUUUUUAACCAUAUUCAAAUUCUUUGGCUUUUGUUUUGUUUGGUUAUAAGAAAUGUCUUUCGUUUGGUUUUAGAUUUGAUGUUUGUUAAGUCUGCAAAGAAUCUUGAAUUUAUGGCUUCUAUACAAGAAACAUAAACGAUCAUUACAAAGA